UCGACAGAGAGUGGGCGAGCCUGGUGCUAAUUUGGUUCAAUUCCCUGCGGAUUGGUUUUAAGCUUCACAUUGCCACGGGUGGAGGUGCCUCUGUUUUACAACCUUUUGGAUUCCCCUACAAACCUGUAAUUUUGAAAUACGCUCUGUAUUUGCCGUUUAAAGGCCAUUUCACUUGCGCACGGGAUCUAGACAAGUAACCUUCACUGAAUAAAAUGAUUCCUGGAACGAGUGUGGGCUAUUGAGUGGAGGUCUGAGGCAUGGCCUGGUUCUGGCCCCCCUGGGUGAAAAACACCCAGCAGCCCUGAGAUGAUGAGUAGCCCUCCGCCCUGGCACUCCUCUAAGUGAUGAAGACCCCUGCCAUCCUCCUCCUCAUCCUGUCUGUCCUGUGCAGAACUGAGCUUGUGUCAACGAAGACGGUGAAGCACACGGUGGAGGAAUGGAACAGAUACAGGAACGAGUGCCUGCUGAGAAUGAGCAUGGACCCCACACCCCCAGGCUUGUUCUGCGGCCGCAUGUUUGACAUGUACGCCUGCUGGCCGGAGGGCGUCCCCAACACCACCGUCAAAGUGCCCUGCCCUUGGUACCUACCCUGGUACAACCAAGUUCGUAAUGGGUAUGUGUUGCGGGAGUGUGGGCCUGAUGGCCAGUGGGCCAUUAACAACACCAGUAGCAACUGGAGGGACCACUCCCAGUGCAACGCAGACAACAACCAGCAGGUAGCACAGGAGAACCAGAUGGUGAUCUUGGCCUACUUCCGGGUGAUGUACACUGUGGGCUACUCUCUGUCCCUGGCCAGCCUUUCCCUGGCCCUCGUCAUACUGCUCAUCUUCAGGAAACUAAGGUGCACCAGGAACUAUAUCCACACCAAUCUGUUUGCGUCCUUCAUUCUGCGAGCCAUAUCCAUCCUCACCAGAGAUGCUGUUCUCACCAGGGACACCCCCGAGUUCAGAGACAACAGAGACGUGUCCAAUGUCCUCAGUGAUAAGGCCCUGUCUGGCUGCCGUGUGGCCCAGGUGCUGAUGCAGUACUGUGUGGGGGCUAACUACUACUGGCUGCUGGUGGAGGGCCUGUACCUUCACAACCUCCUGGUGCUUAUGGUCUUCUCAGAGAACAGCUACUUCUGUGGAUACCUCUUCAUCGGCUGGGGAUCCCCAGUGUUAUUUGUGGUCCCCUGGAUUAUAGUGCGGUACCUGUAUGAAAACACACGGUGCUGGGAGAUCAACGAGAACAUGGCGUACUGGUGGAUCAUCCGCACACCCAUCCUCCUGGCCAUUCUGGUCAACUUUUUCAUAUUUAUUCGGAUCAUACAGAUCCUUGUCUCCAAAUUAAAGGCACACCAAAUGAGGUACACCGAUUAUAAAUUCAGGUUGGCUAAGUCCACUCUGACCCUCAUCCCUCUCCUGGGCAUCCAUGAGGUUGUCUUUGCCGUGAUGUCAGAGGAACAGACAGAGGGCAUCCUCCGAAAUAUCAACCUCUUCUUUGAACUUUUCUUCAACUCUUUCCAGGGUCUCCUGGUUGCCAUCCUGUACUGCUUCGUCAAUAAAGAGGUGCAGUCAGAGAUAAAGAAGAAGUGGCAGCGAUGGAAGCUGGGUAUGACCGUCCUGGACGACCUUCGCAACACCGGCAGCAACACGGCACAGGGGGGCACCAGCGGCGGGCAGUGCCACCACAACCCGCCCUGCCAGCCUGACUGUCCACAGGAGGACACCCACAACCUCUCCUCGGACGCCUCCGCCUCGGGGCUGCAUCUCGACCCGCACCCACACCACCAUCCAGGAGCCAAGAAGGGCAAGGCAUACUGCUACAUUUCCGCCCGCAAGCAGGUGCUGAACGGCCUUGAUGGAGCUCCGCUGGGCAACGGGGGCGGAGAUGGAGCCAUCAAAUACUCUGAGAGCUACUGCUGAGUGGCCCUGUGGGGGGCUAAUGGGGGCUAACAACUAGCUGGCUACCUUUGUCAUUUCUAGUGGAUGGAAUCUGAACCAGACAAUCACCUGCUUCCAAUUCAGUUGUGUACUUCCAGAUCUAUGUGGCCUACUUGGUGUUUCGUCAAACCCAUGUCUUAAUAGUUGUGUGAAUGUGAUCUGGGACUCAUUGGAUGAUUGCCAGAAUGCAUUUUCUGCACUGGCCAAUCAGGCUGUGUUGUGACUCCUGUAGGCUUUCAGUGGCAGAUAAGAUGACCCAUCCCAAGUGCAAUAUCGCCUCAAUUGACCUAGAUGUUGAGGAAAGCUACUUAAAUUAGGAAAUGAACACCGUCCAACCAUUAUCUUCUCUGAUUGGACUGUUUUGGGGGUUUGCUUCCUUGUUUUCUACCUCUCGCUCUACUUGUGGACAAAAUGGAAACGUUAUGUGCCAACCGUGGACCGUCUUUUCAUGUGCAAUGGAUAUUAUAACACUAGUGUGUUGAUAUGUUGGUAUUGGACAAUCACUCUGUGAAAAACUUAGAGAAGGCAAGAGUUGAGUAAACCAAUAUUGUCUUCAACAGUGAGCUGGCCACACACUAUGGUUUGCCUAGGCAAUACUGUAUUUUGAAUUCUUCUCACCCAAUCGUUUAACAUCUCUAAUGCCCCUUGCUCUCUAGUCAUACAUUUACUGCAACCUUAUAGGCGUAACUGAAUACUGUAAGCAAGGGAACCGCGCUCGUACGCAAUAUCAAUAUCAUAGACCUAAAGGAAGGCACAUAACUAACAUGGUGGUGGCUGAAAAUGAAAAAGAUAGAUGUCUCUGAUUACAUGCCUAAGGGGGGUUCGAUCACAUGCACUAUAUGGAAGAUAACUAGCAAGAGAUUUAUUCUUCAAAUGAAGUCAGUGGGGGAAGGGGAGUUUCUUUACUGCACUGUCAAAAUGGGUUUAAUUAUUUGUAAUGUCCUAUUGACAUAGUGAAAACGAUCACAGAAUGGAAGGUGACCGUAAUCCCGAGGUCUUUUAAGCACUGCAUCUAUAAGCAAAUGAAAAGAUGAGAACAGGAACGGUGUAGAAUCUUCUCCAUUUAUCACAGACUUAUGGAAUCUAGAAUGAAAAUGAUCUCUAUCGUGGUGAGUUAUGGUAGCUUGUUAUCCGCCACAAAUCUUUUUUUCUUGUAGGUUUUCCAGACUAACCACAACCACUUACUACCCAGCUGAAGGUUUUAUAUCCCCCUGAACACAGGUUGUAACAUCCCAAGAGGGAAUCUCUCCUCUGCCUCUGCCAUGUAGCCUAAUCCCUAUGGUGCAAUAUGAAAUGGCUCUCUACAUGAUAGACCACAGCUACAAAAUACACAUUAGUAUUCUACUGUAUGUGUGUUGAUGGUAUGUUGUAGGUCUAUGUGUCUGACAGCAUGUUUGCAAAGCUAGGAUCC